UAUAACAAUUCAGUAACAACAACAAUAUAACAACAAUAUUACACAUUCUCAAUAUUUUUUUAUGAAAUUCUUAAAAAGUAUUUUGUUAAUCACAAGUCUAUUUAUAAUAGAAACCUAUAGCAAGACAAAACCUACAUGUCUAGACGCCUAUAUUUGCGUUCACACUGGUGUAAAAAAGUGUGGUUUCGAUAAAACUAGCAAGGAGCUAAGAUGGUUCCUUGAUAAAUGUGAUUUGUUGGAGUUCAACUGUGAAUAUAAAACGCAUUUUGAAGUAGCAUCGAAUAGUAAAUGCAAGAACAUACCUAUUUAAGUUUACAAACAACAAUUUGAAGAGAAGCCAGCGAUGUUAACGGGAAGUUUAUACAAAUGCUAGACAAUAGACUAACGUUCCGAAUACAUAAACAUGGGGGAAGAACGCGGUCAUUUGUCUUGAGCCUUUUGAACACGUAGGUUUCACAAUAUGGGAUCCAGGAAAGUUUUAUCAGUUUCUUUUCUCGUUUUGGUCAUCAUUUGUGAUUCCAUGGCUCAUGGUCCACCUCAAGAUCGUGACAAUGAAGACAUAGCCAUGGGGCGGAAGGUAAAAAAAAUGGGUGCCAAGUGGUGCAGCAUGGCGAAGGUUUGUAAUCACGACAGGAUCCCUAUCUGCGGCAUCAGUCAUGCCGGUGACGUCAUGGGGUUUAGGGACCUGUGCGACAUGUUUGACUUCAAUUGCAUUAGAAGGAGAAAUUACAAACAAACAGCAUGUCCCGAGGAUAAGUCUAUCCUCACAGUGUCCCGCCGUCCCACAAACAGUUAUUAUGAUGAUUAAUUUGAAAAAUUAUCACAAUAACAUUUUAUGCAAAUAUUUUUAUCCUUGUGUAAUAUUUAAUUAAAUGAAUGUAUUGGAAUAAUUGUGGUUU